GUGGUGGUGCUCACGGUGUGUUUGCGACCAGGCGAUCUUUUCGCCUGGCGUCAUGCUCUCUCGUGAGCUGGUUUUGGCUGGCUUUCCAAUUCAACGGUGAUCCAUGGGCGCAAACACCCUUUGGUGAGUCGGGAUACUUCGCACUUGACGGGAUCAAAGUGACGGAGGUGACGUUGAGCCAAUGGGGGAUCAGCCAACAAUCCCGAUUCCCCGCCUGAUCCUCUGGUUGUCCGGGUCUCCCUUGGUUCCUCUGGUUUCCCUUGGUUCCGUGGGCUUCACUGGUCUGCCCUGGUUCCAAUCCGGCCCUCUCGGGUCUCGGGGAGGUCAGAGGGGAGAGACCAAUCACAAGACGGCGAAGAAUGAAACGUUAAUGAGUGGGUCAGAGCUCUCAAGAGGAGCAGCAUUCUUACGGGGAAGUGGGAUUGAAUCGGUAGUGAGACAGAAAGAGGAUUGCUCCAAUCGCAAUUUUGUUCAUCAUGGCCAGAAAUCUCAGCUUGGCCUUUCCAGACCAGGAACACCAACGUUGGAUAAGAAACCCGAGGUCUUGUGCAAAGUGUGCGGUGACAAAGCCAGCGGGAAACACUACGGAGUGGCUUCGUGCGAUGGUUGUCGUGGAUUUUUCAAGCGGAGCAUUCGACGAUUAGCUGCCAUGAAUCUGGAUUACGUGUGCAAAGAGAACGGAAAUUGUAUCGUGGAUGUGACGCGUCGCAAUCAGUGCCAAUCCUGCCGAUUCAAGAAAUGCCUGGACGUGAACAUGAAGAAAGAAGCGGUUCAACAUGAACGAGCGACCAGGGCGUUUCCCAAGAAGCCCUCGUAUUUUGAAGCCCUGGCGGGACAGAGACCCUUACCGCACACACCUUCAUUUGGAACACCCAACUCUAUGAUGAGCCCUCUUUUGACGCCAGGAAUGAACCCCUACUACACGGCGGUGGUGGCUGCGGCGGGGUUCCAGUUGAAGCAACCCGGUCGGUUCCCUUCGUUCUUUCCGCCUCCGCUUUCGAUCCAUUCCUCGUCCUUAGUGUCCCCCACUUGUUCCGCCAAGAGCGGUUCAGCCGCGGGAUCGCCACUACCGCCGCUCUUUCCGUCACUCUCGUCAAAUGUUGGAUCCUCGGCCUUUACGGCCGUCACGAGUUCAGGGGCCAAUCUGAGAUCUAAUGCUGAAGACAAAGUGCCUUCGGAAGAGGUGACACUGAAGGUUUGGAACGGGGACGAGCACAAAGACGCACUCAAUAACCCCAUGGACACCUCGACCGAGAGUGGAAUAGUGGAUUGCAUUGUCGAUGUCAAAUCGGAUGAUGGGGAGGACAAGGAUAAGGUCGAGGACGACCAAUCCAGCGAGAUCGAGGACAAAGAGCCUGCUCCGAUUGAAGAAUUGAAGACUACGCCCACGUUUCGGCCGUUUUUACCCGUCAAUACUAAUCCAAUUGUUUCGUCGUCUGGGUCUCCACCCACUUUUUCACACAUGACAACGCCUCCCCAACUGAGCACGGCCCCGGCAGCCUAUUUUGCGGCUGCAGCUGCAGCCCAUUGGCAGAAUCAAAACCGCAUUUUUAGCCGAACGUCGAGUUUUGAUGGGCACCAUGGAUCAGGUUUGGACCACCUGGCUAGAUCGAUUACCGCCGGGACGUCUCCGUUUACGCCCAAUCUCUUUGGAAUGCCAUCCUUGAGUCAAACGGAAAACGUGUACGAAUCGGCGGCCAAGUUAUUAUUCAUGAGUGUCAAGUGGGCUCGAAGCAUCCCGUCGUUCAUUCAGUUGAUCACAAAAGAUCAGAACCUUCUUUUGGAAGAGGCUUGGAGCCAACUGUUUGUCAUUGGACUUGCUCAAUGGUCUAUUUCUUUCGACGAAGGUGGUAUUGUCAAUGAUUCAAUAUGCCCAGAGGAUCAGAAGCCAAGCUUUUUAAGUCAAGCCAGACGACUCAAGGACCUCGUAACCAAAAUCAGCACCUUGAGGUUGGAUCACACCGAAUAUACGUGUCUCAAGGCCAUCAUCCUGUUCAAACCAGAAAUCUCGGGCAUCCGCCAAACCAACCAGGUUGAAUUGCUCCAGGACCAAACCCACUUGAUGCUCCAAGAAUACUGUCAAACCAAGAGCAAUCUUCCCAAUGGGAAAGUUCGAUUUGGUCGCUUGCUCCUACUUUUGCCAGCUCUUCAAUCCAUCUCGGCCAAGACGGUGGAAAUGCUCUUUUUCAAGAAAACUGUGGGAAACAUCGCCAUGGAACGCGUCAUCGGAGACUUGUUCCACGGAAACUAGAGCUUAUGGGAUAAAAAAAGAAACCAAGCGCAUCCACUUUUUGUUUCUUCUUCAUGUGCAUUCAUUCAAUGAGCUACUUGGACAAUGAUUAGGCUAGUCAUUUUGUUGCUCCAAGGACAUCGUCUUUCAUGGGAUCGUUGUUGAAAUAUACCGAAUUUUUCCCCGGUACAACACAUCAUUGACA